GCGGCGGCGGCGGCGGCGAUGGCGGGCGACGACAGGGAGAGGGACGUCGACGGGGCGACGCGCAGCCAGAUGAUGCAGAACCUCUUCGGCGACCAGUCGGAGGACGACGACGACGAGGAGCCCCUCGAGAUCGUCGACGAGGACGACCAGCAGCCGCCACAGCAGCAGCAGCAGCGCCACCACCACGACCUGGACCAAGAGGAGGACGACGACGAAGAAGACGAUGGACGCAGCCACGUCCACGGCCAUGCCCACGACCCCUACCACUCGGAAGAAGGGGAAGGCGAGGCGGAGCAUGGAGGGGAAGGUGAAGCAGAAGGAGAAGGUGAGAGUGAGGGGCAAAUUGGGAUGGAAGAGGAAAGUGAAGGAGAGGUUCAUCCUGCUGAUCUUGACCAAGGAGAAAGUGACGCGGAAAAGGUUCAGAGCUCGCCCGAAAGAGAACUGAGUGACGGGGUGAUGCAAACUGAUGCAAGAGGCAUGGAAAGUGAAGACGAGGGCUACGAGCGUCAGGCAGUUGCAAGCAGAAGAAGGGCGGCUGUUGCCUCCGAAUCAGAGGGAUCCGGAGAUAAUUACUACAUAGAUCAAGCUCACCAAGAUGAGGAAGCUCCUCAAAGGAAGCCAAGAUCACCAAUGGAGGAAGAAGGAGAAGAUGAAGUUGUCCGCGAUGUGUUUGGUGAUAGUGAUGAAGACGAACCUGCUCCUUAUCGUGCCCCGGAUGAAAUUGAUGAAGAUUUACGUAGAUCUCCUAUCGAAGAUGAAGAGCAAUAUGAGAAAGACUUGCAGCCAGAGGAUGUUGUGGGUGAUGACAAUAUGCGGUAUGAAUCGGAUGACAACCUUGAACUGAAAACAAAAGAGAAACCAGUUGGGCCACCAUUGAACUUGGUGGUUCCACUUCAGCAACCACCAGCCCGACCCGACAAAAUGAAUGUGAUCAAGGUAUCGAACAUUAUGGGGAUUGAUCCAAGGCCUUUUGACCCCAAAACGUAUGAGGAAGAAGAUGUUUAUGUUACAGAUGAAUCUGGGACCAAGAAAAAAAUACGACUGGAGGACAACAUUGUGCGGUGGAGAAAUGUUAGGAAUGCUGAUGGCACUACGUCUGUUGAAAGUAAUGCACGCUUUGUCAAAUGGAAAGAUGGAACCAUGCAGCUGCUGAUUGGCAAUGAAGUUCUUGAUAUAUCUGUACACGAAGCAAAUCACGACCAGUCCCAUCUGUUUUUGAGGAGUGGGAAGGGAGUUCUACAAUCACAAGGAAGACUGUUACAGAAAUUGAGAUUUAUGCCAUCUUCCUUGUCUUCAAAGUCGCAUCGUUUACUGACUGCUCUUGUUGAUUCUCAAAAUAAGAAAACAGUCAAGAUGCAAAAAUGGUUUGAUGCUAAGGAUCCUGAGAGAGUGAAGCACGAAAAAGAAAAGGCCGAGGGCCAAAAUAUUCGAGCCCAUUCACUUCUUCAACGCAAAAGAGAAAAGGUGAGCCGCAAAUAUACACAACCAUCCAGGCGACGGCAGCUUUCUCCAGGGUUUUUGGAAGAUGCAUUAGAUGAGGAUGAGGAGAACGAUAACCACUACAGCUCCCGGCGAAUGGCAUCCCGUGGUCGUUUUGAGGAUGACUUGGAGGCUGAAGCACAAGCGGAAAGGCGUAUAAUUAACGCAAAGAAGUCGAAUUUGAGUAGGGGUGCUCCUCGCAAGCCAUCCUUCCCUCCUUCUCGUCCACCAAGACGUCAGGAAUACUCUGAGAGUGAAAGGGAGGAGGAAUCAGAGUAUGAAACCGAAGGCGAGGACAUCGAGCACUCACCAACCGCUGGAAGGGAAGAUAUGCUGGAUGAGGAAGAUGAAUACGAGGAAGACGUGGAGGAGGAGGCUGCUAUGUCAGAUGAAGAAAUCCAGGAACCGAAGCGGAAGAGAGAGUCGGGUGCGAGCGGGAGCCAAAGGCGCAGGGAGGUUGACUCGGACGAGGAUUCCCCGCCGAGGAAACAGCAGGCCGGCCAUCGCCGGAAGGGCGUCGUUUUCGACAGCGACGAUGACGAGUGAAGGAUGGAUGGGAAGAAGGAAGCUGCAAGCUCAGUGCAAGCCAUUUUUCGAGGUCAUUGGUGCAAGGAGGCGGUUGAGGGGGCGGAGCGAUGCUGAUGAGUAUAUCCCAUUUGGAGAGCCCGGAAAGAAUGUACGCGGGUCUCUGCUACAAAAAUGUUGCCAAACGUUGGACAGAUUGUAUGUUUGAAUGUUGUUCGUUUAGGAACAACGAUGUUGUGAGUUGUCUGUUAUAAUAUACAAUAAUAAUCAUGGGCAAAAAGGGUCGUGUUAAAGUA